AUGCGAAUUGUAGGGGAGAAAUCGUUCCCUUCUCAUAAGAAAAAGAAGAGUUCCAUAAAAAAGCCAUCCCCUCCUUAUGUUCUGUGGUGCAAAGAGAAAUGGAAUGAGGUGAAGAAAGCAAAUCCAGAGGCCGAUUUCAAGGAGAUGUCCUCUCUGUUGGCCUCAAAAUGGAAGACUGUCACUGAUGAAAAAAAGAAGCCCUAUGAAGAAAAAUACAAAGCUGAAGAGGAUGCUUAUUUGAAAAUAAUCGCGAAUGAGAAGCGCGAGCAUGAUGCUAUGAAACUCUUGGAGGAAGAGCACAAGAAAAAGACUGCCAUGGAGUUGCUAGAACAGUAUCUUCAAUUUAAACAGGAUGUGGAGAAAGACAACAAGAAAACUAAGAAGGAGAAGGACCCCUUGAAGCCAAAGCGACCAAUGUCGGCUUAUUUCAUAUUUUCGAAAGAGCAUCGAGCUGCUCUGCUUGCAGAGAACAAGAACAUCUUGGAGGUCGAAGAUUACUGCAAUGAGGCUAGGAAGAAUAUAGCCGAAGAGCGUCCUGGAACUAACAAUUCUACUAUCAAUGCUCUCGUUUCGCUAAAGUGGAAGGAACUGAGUGAAGAAGAGAGGCAAAUUAGGAAUGGUAAAGCUGCAGAGGCAAUGGAAACAUACAAGAAAGAGCUCGAAGCUUAUAACAAGAAACUGGAAGCCGAAAACAAUCAGAAUUAG